AUGCAGAGCCUGCAGGCGGGUGUCACAGGGCGCAUGCCAGUCUCCUUCCAAUGCACACGACCAAAGCAUGGGGUAAGGGGUGGUACACCCAUCUGCUCUGGAGCGGAGGGCACGGGGGCCUCCCGCCCCCGAACCACUCCAGUGAGCCGGGCCACACCUGCCCAGAAGAACCGUGGCGGGGCGGAUCCCAAGCCAUGGGAAACGGAUCAGCUGCCACAGGGCCGCCGGGUACUUCAGCCUGCGGAACCGCUGAUGGCCAGCAUCGACGACCCCAGUUUUGGAAGACCCAUCAACCCCUCGAUCGACCGGGAGGAGCUGUCGAGGACUGUGCGCGCCGUCAUCCUCGCCGGCGGUGAGGCGAAGAACCCGCUGACCCGCUCCCGCGCUAUGCCCGCUGUGCCGUUGGGCAGCAGCUUGAUGAUGAUCGACGUGCCCAUCAGCAACUGCAUGAGUGCGGGCAUCAAUAAAAUCUAUGUGCUGACCCAGUUCCAGAGCCACACCCUGAACAGCCAUCUGACCUCCGCCUACCCCCCCGUCCGCUUUGGUGGCCCCGACCACCAGGCAUGGGUGGACGUCCUGGCGGCCCAGCAAACUGUCACCGAAAAGGACUGGUACCAGGGCUCUGCAGACGCCGUGCGGCGCAACAUCAAUGAGCUGAUGGACGAGGCGCGGGGCGUCACCCCCGCCACCGAGUACGUCAUCCUCUCCGGCGCGGCGGUGUACACCAUGGACGUAGCGCAGCUGGUGGCGGAGCACCGGGCCAAGGGCGCCGACAUCACCAUCGCCAUGCACCCCGUGUCGGAGGCCGACGCAUCUGGAAAGGGCGUCGCCAAGGUCCACAACAGCUCCAACCGCGUGCUCAAGUUCGAGGAGAAGCCGAGCAAGGCGUCGCUGGAGGGCAUGCGGCGCGAGGGCGUCGACGACGACUCGCGCUACCUCGCCAACAUGGGCGUCUACGUCUUCCGGCGGGAGGCCCUGUUCCGCCUGCUCAGCCCCGCCAAGAAGCAGGCCAUCACGCACAUCGGGCACCAUGUGGUCCCGAAUGCCCUGGCCCAGGAGAUGAAGGUGUACGCCUACCUCCACGACGGCUACUGGCACGACGUGAGCAGCCUGAAAGACUUUUACGAGACCAACCUGGACCUGUCUGACGAGGACUCGCCCAUCAAGUCCGACAUGUCGGUGGCGGCGCGGGGGUCCAUGCUGCCCCCCGCCCAGCUGCACGACGCCGACAUCACACGCACAAUCGUCGGCGACGGCGCCGUCCUGGUGGGCUGCACGGUGAGCAACAGCGUGGUGGGCGAGUCUGUGUACAUCGGGCGCGGGUCCGUGGUGGAGGACUCGCUCCUCCUGCGCAACUCCUACUGGGCCAGCGACAAGCUGCGCGGCGAGGCGCAGCGCCGCGGCGAGCGCGUUUACGGCGUGGGCGAGAACUGCCACCUGCGCAAGGUGGUGGUGGACGAGAACACCACCAUCGGCAACAACGUGAAGAUCCUGAACAAGGACAACGUCCAGGAGUGCGACCGUGCCGAUUCGGACGGGUACAUGAUCCAGGACGGCAUUGUUGUUGUCAUGCGCAACGCCUCCAUUCCAGACAACACCGUCAUCUGA